GUUCGACGGUGCCAGUGACGCGAUUCUGAAUCAGCUUUUCCCAUAAAGUAGUUCGGCGGCAGACAACAUUUUCCCUCAGUUAACCAAUUCUUGGACCCGCGGCAGGGGAAAUGCGGAACGAAGUGAAAACACCCGAAAGUGACCAAAACGCUCAUAAAUAAUCCAGUGAAAAUGAAAGCAAAUCGUACGAUUCUGCUUGUUUCUUUAUUUUUGGCCAUUCAACAAAUCUGUAGAGCUACGCAAAAGUCGCAGCUUGGUCAGCCGCUUAUACAAUUAAGUCACGACGCUUCCGAUGAUGACUAUCCAGAAGUUAAGGACGAAAUUCACUUGGAAGACUUCUUUUGGACGGGUUCGGGCGAUGGCCCACCGGAUUUUCUGAAGAAAGUGCAUACAGGUAUAACCAAGGGCAAGGAUGUGAUUGUCAAGACCGAAACGGUGGUGGCCACUGUCUAUGUGGAUGGGAAUAAUGAAAUUGACAUACCCAUUUGCCUGGACUGUAAGCCGGAUGAUGGCGGUGGCUCUUGGGGAAUGGGAAGUCCAGGAAUGCCACCUUUGAACUACUCCGCCACAGAUCGUCGUUAUUGGCUGCUUACAGUCAUGUCGGGUUUUUACUCGGCAAAGGAUAGUCCCGCUUUAGAGGAUAAACUGGCACGUUUAUAUCGGCUAGCUUUCACCAGGCAGCAAACGCGUCACUUGGGCAUAAAUGGAGCCCAGCAAAUCGAAGGGGUAAACGUUCCAAUACCUCGAGAACGGCGGAAAUCUUUGACACCCCCAACGAAACCAGAAACCACGACAGGAUCGCCGGAAGACGAUGUGGAGAUACUGGACAUGCAGGAUGAAGACCAGCACUACAUAAAGAAUGUGAGGAGACUGGGCGAGGAUACCGAAUGGGCUAGUAACUCGGAGCAGGAGGAGGAGGAGGGGGAGCACUCCGAAGUGGCCCCUCCAAUGGAGGUCACACCCUCGUCCACCACUGAAACGAUAGAUUAUGGCGCAUACGUUACUCUGAUCCCCUGGGAGCUCAUACAGCAGAAUGGGAAAUCGGAAAAGUUGAGGGAAGUGCACGAAGGCUUGUUGACUAAGCAACCGCUGGUGCAACAACAACAACAACAACAGCGGCAGGAGCAACAACAAAAACAGGAACAACAACAACAACAACCUCAACCACUUUAUAGGGACGAGCACGUCAGAGUUGUCAUACACAACCUAACGCAAAUUAGCGAGGCGGAUGUGCAAAAGUGGAGCACGAACACCAAUGGAUUCGGUACCAUGGAGGAGGACAACUACGUCAACCUCAAAUUUAGCAACGAUCGUCCCAUAGCGAACCAAACGGAGCUUAUCUACACUGUUUUGGUAAAUGGUCGGCCCGUUUUGGCCACGACAGCAGCCAAAGACAUGGAAUUGGUCAGUGAAUCCGAGGCAGUCAAGACCUUUGGACAGGCUGUCUAUAUGAAAUCAGAACCCUACAUUAGGGAGCCCACGGCCACCGCAUUAGCACCUGUUCCUCGAAGUGGACAGGCUGGAUUCUUUAACUCAGUGAAAAAUAAUGUGGCUUUAGUGGUGAUUAGUUCCUUGGCCAUCCUGCUGUUAAUGUUACUUCUCGUGGCUGUUCUGCUCCUGGGAAGGACAAGAUCUCGGCAAAGAGAACUCAGUGCUGUCAACAGAAACUCCUCCCGCAACGAGCUGCUUUCCGAGGGACAAUCUAUACGUCCAACGACGAGUGAAAGGACCGAAGGAGAACCAAGUCCGGCGCACUCCCAAUCCCGGGAAGUGGGUGUCCGUAACUUCUCCUACGAACGGGAGCCACGCAUUAGUUUUCCAGCUCCUCCGCAGGAGACCCGAUCCCGUCGUGAUUCCAUAUCCUCGUCGACGGACAACACCUCCGACUCUUCAGUUUAUUGUCCCAUAAAUCCGCCGAGUGCGGAUGUGCAAAGGAUAUUGGAUGAUAAGGCAGCAAGGUUAUUUGAUGCUCACAAGAGGCGCCAUCAGUACGAUCGAGCCGAGGGUCACGAGGAAACAGUUUACACAUCCGUGGUGUCCGAGAAAAAGAGCGACAAAUCGAGGCAUAAAUCAAGAAGGCGUUAUCUCAACGAAAAUCGAGUGGGUUCCUUGGAAACGAGUCCUGUUCAGGGUUCCCUGGCGGGUCACUCAUCCGCAGAGGAUUCUCCGGAAACACUUCGCCGGAGUUACGAGAACUUUCAGCGCAACGAGGCUUUCAAUCCACACAACAAUUACCACCGGAACAAGCUGUUGACCCAGAAAACCGGAAGAGGGGUUUCCGCGGAGGCAAUCAACAACGAGAUGAUACGGAACCUGCAGCCAUCCGACAAAUCCGAUACGGCCAGUGUGGGAUCCUUCCUGUCGAUGGCCUCGGUGCGAGCCUUUCCGAAGAGCAGUCUGCCGGAACCACUCAACCGGGUGCUGGAUCCCGUCUUCGUCACCUACUACGACAACGUGAAUGCAGUGGCGCCGCACAAUUCAACAAGAUCCCUGAGGUCACACAAAUCGCAGGGAAGCAAGGACAACACCAUAGCCACCAUCGCCAGCUUUCCCAGUCCCAAGGCCCCGCCGUCAGUGAGGAAUGUCCGUUCCGCCUCGCAUAGCGAUAAUCCGGAUCCGGGUGUUGUGGGUCCCGUGGUCUGGGAGCGGCACAAGAAGAAGCAGACUCAGGAGGCCCUCGACUAUGCGGACUAUGAUCCCAGUCCGCUGCACAAUCCGUCGGCCAUACGCAACCACUACGAGGGACUCCUGGAGGGAGCCCUGCAAAUGUACUCCAGCCAGGACGACAUACCCAUGCCCUUGCCCACCCAGAAUUUCACGAACAACAGGAGGGCUACGAAGCGCGAGCACCGGGGUUCAUCAGCCGGAUUGCCAAGCUUCCAUCCUUCGGGAGGUGCUAAAAUCGUAGCUGAGCGUCCUGCCACAGCGCAGCCGGAGAAAACCUCCAAGUCGGCACACUCCACCCAACCACCUUCGCCCACUUAUAGUGCCUGGGGAGGGGGCAGCAUGUACAGCUCCCAUUCGACCCUGAACCGACCUCUGAGUGCUGGUCCCUCACGCCGGAUAGAGGCACCAGAACCAGCUGCUAGUUCAUCGGGAACAGCUCCUCUAAUCGAGGCCAUACAAAGCGAGUUGCGAAAGUUCAAGCAGCAACAGGAUUAGACCCACAAUUGAUUGAUCUUAACUUGGUCAAGACGUUGAAAUAUCAUUCACACCCGCAUAAAUGUACCAAACGUGUUUGCAAUUCAUUUAGAA